CGCCACAUGUUACAACACAGUGCACACCAACUGAACUUUUGCAUGGGAGAGCCAUGUUAACCAAACUUAACGUCUCAGGUCUUUGCUUGCCACCUGCAGGCAAAAGGUCCACACCUCACCAGCUUGCCUCACACGUGAGAGAUAAACAGAUAAAAAUGAAACCGUACAGUGACAGAAAACGCAGCGCAAAGCAUGUUUCAUUUCAGUGUGGAUCAUAUGUCCGUGUAAAGAAACCCGGAAUUGUGGCAAAGACCCAGUCUAAAUUUGGAAAACCCCUAAAGGUUGUGGGUAAGAAAGGGUUGUACACAUACAAGUUAUCAGAUGGACGAUGCUGGAAUGCAUCCCACCUGGCACCUGCACUUGCUCAAUACAGAGCAGACGAGUCCAGUGAACUGCCGUUGUUUGACUCUGGGGAAACUAAUCCUGCAGGGGGUGAACAACCUGUAGUAGUUACACGGCCUGUUCGGAGCAGGCAUGCACCCACAUGGACUCAGUAUUAUGUAAUGUGAAAUGUGCUUAAUGCAUUACUAGUACACAAUAGGUGUCUACACAGUGUAAGGAAAAGAAUGUUCUUGCUGUUUUGUGAUUAUUGUGUUUGAGCACUGUUAUGUGAUGCUUAUACCAAGUGUUUGGAAACUGCAUUACUGUACCACUAUUCGUUCAGUAAGGGUUGUUUGCAAAUCAAUGUUGGGAUUGAAAGGUUGCAAAGAAAGAAAAAAAAUCAAUGGUAACUUGUACAUUAAUUGUUAACUAAUUGCACUGUGACUUUGUCCCUAUAGUAUAUUUGUUCUCAAGAGAGAGGGAUAUGUGGUGUUCUGAGUUAGCCUCUAAAGGGAGCUCUCGGUUUGAGUGAAGGUGGAGAGAGCGAUAAGAAAAGAAGUGAGAGAGCCACGCUGAAAGCGGAAGGACUUUUAUUCUGACUUUAUUAAUUCUAUUCUUCUGAGACACAGCAAGCAGCAGGAGCGAUUUUGUUUCAGGACAAGAUUAAACAACAAUCAAGUAACCAGUACGAAAAACAGUUUAAGAAGACGAAAAAUGAUCUGGAACCGACUCAGAACCAACAAUGAAAUUACUGAAGGAAAAUACUACUUCAUAAUUGAGAUGGGCAAAUCACACAUCCUGCGGAAGGAGAUUUUAGGUCAUCUCCAAAAGCAUAGGCCUGGAUCGACGGAGGUGCACAAGGUGGAGGACUGUAAUGUGAUUCUGGUUUUCUGCCCCAUUGUUUCACGUGCAGGAACUGACAUUGAUGCUGCAUUGAAUAAACUUAAUACAUGUCCAGCAUCCAAACCAGCUAUUUUGAUGGUGUUCCAUCACUCAUUCGACCCUGAUAAAAUUGUACCAGACAGCAGCAGAUUUAUAAACAGGGGAAAUACACUCACAGUGGACUGUCUGUUCUUUGAAGACGUAGGAUUGUUGACAUGCAACAGGAAUGAGGACGCACUGGCCAAAAUUGUUCAGUGUUUCAAAUAUCAGACACAUUUUCUUACAUUUUCUUACAUUUUCUAUAUGUGGGACAUCUUCAAAAACUGUCUGUAUGGUGUAUGUUCUUGGAUACUUGGCACAGUGAGGAAACAUAUUCCUGAGAUUGUACAAAAGUAUUUCAGUUAUAUGUGGAACAUCUUCACAAAAUAUCUGUAUCCUGGAUACUGUUGGAUACUUGGCACAGUGAGGGCAAUAUGGACAAGAAGAGAUAGAGGAUCAUGUGAAUCCAUUACAAACAAUGAGCGCAGCAGACUGAUAGAUGCAGAUGGAGAAAAAACUGCCUAAGUAAGAAUGAAAACCCGAAGCAUGAUGUUCAGAAAAUGAAUGAUCCAAAAAAAUAAAUCAACUGACAAAGAAGUUAAAUGAUGCAGGGAGAUUGAAUCUUUUUAUUAUGAUGAGUGUCAUUGCUGCUUUUAACUAUAAUAAGCUCUAGAAUGUAUUAAGUUGUAAUUAGAUACAUGCAAAUAAAUAAUUGUUGUGCUUCAUAGCCUGCAUGAACAUUAAUAUUGAGACUUUAGAUUGGGAAGUUCAGCAGGACGAUAGAAUUACAGCUGCGUUACUUCUAUUGCACUGUUCCUCUGUAUUGGGACAUCAAUCUAUGAUAAUGAUCUUUGUAACAUCACUCACUGACAUGGAUACGUAAAUAACAAAAUAAAGUGACUCUUGACUGUGAA